AUGUCCAUCGCCAAGACAGUCCUUCACAAAUUUGUUGGCUACCUGGAGGCGCAGGCCUCGGAGCUGAUCUGGAAACCUCGGUGCUCCGCGACGAUCGCGUGGGAACAAAGCCAGGGCAUCUCUGCCAAGGACAAGACAUCCAAGUACACAGGCCCCCGAGGUGACUGGAGUCAAGGAUACGGUUACAUCACGCACGAUGGUUUCUUCCUUCACAAGUUUGUUGGCUACCUGGAGGCGCAGGCCUCGGAGCUGAUCUGGAAACCUCGGUGCUCCGCGACGAUCGCGUGGGAGCAGACCCAGGGUAUCUCUGCCAAGAACAAGACAUCCAAGUACACAGGCCUCCGAGGUGACUGGAGUCAAGGAUCCGGUUACAUCACCCGCGAUGAUCUCUGCCCGUGUGGCGCUUCGCUAGCCACACAUUGUGAAGGAAAGUGCCCUGGAGCGACCAAGGACCCGUAA